AUGUGUGGAUUGCGGUCUUCUGUAUUGCGCGGCGAUUGGGGUGUACGUACAGCUCAGCUCGACGGCAGCCACAGCCGCAGCACCACCACCCAGCAAUUCAACUUGCAGCAGCGAACACGAAACCAGCAGCAACAGCAGCAACAACAGCAGCAGCAGCAGCAGCAGCAACAGCAGCAACAGCAGCAACAGCAGCAGGAAGAACAAUACCAGGACCAAGAGGAGCAGCAACAGCAGUAUAGAUUUCUCCCCCCCCAGCAGCAGCAGCAGCAGCAGCAGCAGCAGCAGCAGCAGCAGCAGCAACUAUAA